UCCACACUCCACAAUGAUCAUGUCCCUGUUUUGCAUUUUAAGCAGUUUUUCGCUUUACAAUCGAAUGAGCACUCAUCAUGGCGGCGAUGGCAUCUCUUAAUGUAGCUACGAUCAGUUUUCCAGUGAUAAGUUCCUUCGCAAGGCUAUGAUCAUAUCCGAAAAAAGAGAGGUGGUCGUUUUACGACGUGAUUUACGAUGAAAGCAAUGUUGUUGCUGCACAGGACUUGGGUUCUUACCGCAAGUUUGGCGACUCUUCAUGGCUGCGUGGCUGAUCCAAAGAUUGGUGACUGCAACAUGACCCAUUUCAUAACAGGAGGAUUCAGUUGUCAGAGGAAAAUGGUGUCUGAUUUAAAACACAAACCAAAUGCCAACUGCAGUGUUGAAUAUCAAGAUCAGACCUCAUGUCUGGUUGAUCAUUUGAAGUCUUGCUUGACUGGUCUUUUUGCUGGUUUUGUUCCCGCCGUCACAUCUUUGAUAAAAUUACUGUUAUACCAUUGUGGGGAUCUUAAAGUGGAUCCGGCGUUGAUAGAUCAGUUCCUGCUUAAUCAGAUCAAGUGCAAGGGUUCAGUUUUCGCGCAAACUGUGGAGUGUUGGAAUGAUUUUCGGGAGAGGUUGAACAGAGACAAGACAGAUCCGAAGCUCUGCAGCGACUACGCUGUUGCAAAGGAAUGCGUGACAAGAGAGGCAAAGACUGGUUGUGCAAUCGGACAGUACGUUAAUAGGGACUUGUUUAACCCUUUCUGCACAUACAACACAGAUCCACCGUUGAACAGUUCUGAACCAUCAAUCUAUAUUGGAAGUUGCACCACCCAGACGUUCGCUACGUCGGCAUAUUCAUGUCAACGCAAGAUGAUUACAAACCUGGCGAAGAAAAAUAGCCCGACUUGCCGGCAGGAGUAUAAUCACCUAAAGCUUUGUUUGUCGGCGACUACGGAUAGUUGUUUAACAAAUACAGCGCUCUCUCCAUUCAAAGACGAAGUUCAACGACUUGUACGAACACUUUUAUAUCACUGUGGAGAUCUCAGAGGGAAUGAGCUAUCUAUAAGCCCUUUCCUGUUGGAGGCAUUGAACUGUAACAAGAGUAUGUUUGAGACUUCGGUGGGAUGCUGGGAUCAGUUUCGUCUCCGAUUGAUCUUAAACAAUGAAGACAGGCAACUUUGUGUAGAUUACGCUAGGUCUAAGCAAUGUAUCUCGAUGGCUGUACAAAAUGGUUGUGCCAUUGGAGAUCUCAUGGAAGACGACCUUUACAACCCAUUUUGCGUGGAUGGCAUCGAUCCACUUGCCCUUCCAUCUGCCUCAGCUCUUAUAUCUGGACGGUUUACAUUUGUGUGCGGAAACGAUUUCUUUUACAGAAAGGGAAUUGAAUGUGAAGACCAUUUCCUCGCAGCCAUCUAUUCCGCAGAAGGAGAUACCAAUUGUGGACGUCAAUCUGAGUCAUUCUUGCGCUGUUUAAAAGAGAAUUUUGAACCUUGCAUCGGACCAUCUCCGAAUUCCAUUCUAUUGGAAUCGCUUAGCAUCGUAGUUCUCCAAAGCUUACAAGGAACACAACUACUUUGUGACUCGUCUGUGUAUCAAAUUGCUUGGGAUGAUCUUCCACCUCUUCUACGAAAAGUAGCAACUUGUGACAAUGAUUAUUCAGCUGUUGUCGCUGAUUGUGGUAGAACGUUCCGUUCCAAGUUUAUUCCCGUUCCUUCGCCCCUGUGUGAAGAAUUCGAGAAUGGAAAAUCUUGCAUCGAUGAGGCAAGGCAAACACAUUGCUCCUUUGAUGUUCAAACCCUGCGAACUCUCAAGGGUAAUAUAAAUCCAUUCUGUGACAACAGAACUCGACCUUUAUUUAGAGACGUCGGCAGUUGUCAAAGUAUAAACCAGAAACUGGCUUUUGCCGUGCUUAUUUUUAGUGUCAUGAGCUGUGUUUCUUGCAGGUAGCUCUCCACAUAUACAGAUAGCUCAUAUAUGUUAGACCUGCAAUAAUCAUUGACAUCUGGUCUAACUUUUGGUGAUGUAAAUAGAGACGCAUUCUUUUUGUAUAGAUAUCGCUACCGUGAAUACUGAGAGAAACAACUUUAAAUAAAGAAGGAGC